AUGGCUAGUCCUCCUGUGCUAGCUUUCGAUGCUGAGGGCCGUCCAGUGAAGUUUGACACCUGGCUAGAUGACCUGCACCUCUUCCUACAGCUCACUGCCAAGGAGGACAUCUCACUGUACGAUCAUGCCCUCGGCCAUGCUACUGCCCCUGGUACUACUGCUGACAGCACUGCCCGCUCACAGUGGCAGACUCGUGACGCCCACGCUCGCUUUGCUAUUCGCAACUCCCUGCCGAUAGAUGAGCGCGAGCACUUUGGCCAACACAAGACUGCUAAGGAACUGUACACUGCUGUCGUUGCUCGCUACUCCUCACCUGCUUCUGCCGCACUAGGCCGCCUCUCACUCCCCUACCUGUUCCCCGACCUGGCCUCCUUUCACACAGUUGCUGACCUCAUCACGCACCUCAAAACUAGUGAGGCCCGCUUCCGUGCUGCUAUGCCCGAUGAGUUCCUUGCUAGGAACCCCCCCCCGCUCUGGCUCACUCUCUACCACAUCGUCACCCGCCUCCCUGACUCUCUGCGCGCAGUCAGGGAUCACUUCCUAGCUCGCUGCCCCACUGAGCUCACCAUUGCCCUCCUCGAGAAGGAACUACUUGCAGCUGAGGCGAGCAUCGUCGCUCCUCUGCUUCUGCUGUCGACCUCCUUGGUGCUGAGAAGGUCAGGACUGCGUCCGCUCCGAGCGGGCGCCGCAGGGGCAAAGGGGGCAAGGGAGGCAGAGGUGACGACGGAGGAUGCGGUGGUGGAGGCGGUGGCGGCGGUGGGGGUGGUGGUGGGGCUGGAGGGACUAGUGGCAGCGGUGGGGGUGGUGACGGCAGCGGCGGGGGCGGUGGCAGGGGCGGGGGCGGCGGUGGGGGCGGCAGUGGUCGCGGCGGCGGCAGGGGAGGGGGUGGUCGAGGAGGUGGCGGCGGCGGUGGUGGUCGUGGAGGCGCUGGCGGUGGCCAGAGCCAGCAGCACACUCCGUCGCCCGCCCGUGAGUGGUACUCUCAGCACGGGGGGGGGGGGGGGGGGGGGUGGCCUUAGCUGCACGUACGUCAUCCGCACUGGUCAAACGUGUGGGAGGCCGCACCCCACGCAGCGCUGUUUCUCUCGCCUUGACGACGCUUGGCGUACUCAGUUCCCUGAUGCCACUGAGCUGCCCCGCUGGGCUGAUCUGAUGAGGAAGGGAGUUGAUAUCUAUGCACUAGACUUUGAUGCUAUUCUCACUGCCAUGUAUGUGAUGUUUACUAGUGGAGAGGGUGCUCAGUACCUGCGUGUUCCGCCCGACCCGGGCAUUCGGACCAGUGAGGCUGCCGCUCUAGGUGCUAGUGACACUGCCACUCCAGGUACUCGCGUGUCUGCUACCCCAGGUGCUGGUGAGGCUGCUGCUCUAGGUGCUCGUGAGUCUGUGCCCCCUGGUACUGAGUCGACUGCGGCACUGCACACCUUCACACUGGACUCCGGUGCUUCUCGCUGUUUCUUUCGUGACCGCACUAUCCUUGAGCCACUCGCUCGGCCAGUUGCUGUCUCCCUCGCUGACCCCUCUGGGGGUCCGGUCAUUGCGACCUCCUCCACUGUCCUUCCUUGUCCUGCGGUCCCGUCCGGCACACUGUCAGGUCUCCACCUCCCCUCGUUCUCUACGAACUUGGUGGCGGGUUGUGCGCUCCAGGACGGGGGUGUUCACCAGUUCACCCCUGCCUACGAGCACGUGACACACUGCACGUGUGCUCGGACGGGCCGUCACCUGGCUACCUUCACUCGGCAGCCGGGGUCGGACCUGUACACACUGACCACUGAGUCCCCUCAGGUAGCUGCGUCUACGUCUGCGUCUGCGUCAGGUCAGCUGUCGGCCCCCUGCUUGUGUCGCUCUCUGGCGCACGAGACCGUCCUCUGGCACCACCGACUUGGUCACCCGUCUGUGCAGCGCCUUCGUGCCAUGCACAAACGGUACCUUGUCUUUGGUCUCCCCAGGGUUCUCCCUCCCCUCCCACCCUCGCCUGCUCCUCCCUGUCUUCCCUGUGUCGAGGGGCGGCAGCGCGCCGCUCCUCACUCCUCCUCGUUUCCCCCAACAACUGCUCCCUUGCAGACGCUCCACAUGGACGUGUGGGGCCCAGCCCGCGUCCGUGGACAGGGUCAGGAGAGCAGAGCUCGUCUCCAGCUCAGCGAGCGUUUCCACUCGGACUUUCCUGUCCUGCGUUUGCACUCUGACAGAGGUGGUGAGUUCUCCUCCGACCUCUUGGCAGCCUACUGUGCGGAGCACGGCAUUGAGCAGUCGUUCACGCUUCCGGCCUCUCCACAGCAUAAUGGGGUUGCUGAGCGCCGCAUUGGCUUGGUCAUGGAGGUCGCUCGUACCUCCUUGGUCCAUGCGGCUGCCCCCCACUUUCUGUGGCCGUUUGCAGUCCGAUACGCUGCGCAUCAGCUCAACCUCUGGCCCCGUGUCUCCUUGCCGGAGACUUCCCCGACACUGCGUUGGACGGGAGAGGUUGGCGAUGCGUCGCGUUUUCGGGUCUGGGGAUCCCGAGCUUUUGUUCGCGAUACGUCCGCGGACAAGCUCUCCUCUCGCGCUGUUCCUUGUGUCUUCCUUGGCUUUGUCCCGGACGCGCCUGGUUGGCAGUUUUACCACGCCACCUCGCGCCGUGUCCUGUCUUCUCAGGACGUCACUUUUGACGAGUCCGUCCCCUACUACCGCCUCUUCCCCUACCGCACUGCCCCGCUCCCCCCCCCGCCUCUCUUCCUCGCUCCAGGUGCUGCUGUACUAGACCCCCUCCCCCCUCAGGGUGCCGCUCCCUCAGGUGUGUCCCAGGUAGACCCGGUUGAGCCUGUCGAGGUAGCUGUCGACUCUCGUCCUGCUUGGGCCUAG